AUGGCCACUCAACAAACCCUUCUUUCCCCCGCCGAACUCGCAUACCUUCACAGCUCACUCUCUCUCACCCCACCGAUCCGCCCCGAUGGUCGUUCCUCGACGCAAUUUCGGCCAUUGACCGCCGAGACAGGCAUUCUGCCCGGGACGAAUGGCAGCGCUCGCGUCUGCUUCUCGGACGGCACAGAAGCCAUUGUCGGCGUAAAGGCAGAGGUUGAAAAAACGCCCGGCGUGCGGGACGCCCAAGACCACGACGGCAAAGCGAGGGCCCUGGCCGACGCCGACGCCGCCGCCGCCGCGGAUGACGCAAGCUCGAGAGCCAGAGGGGACUGGCUGGAACUGACGAUCGAGAUACCCGGUCAGAGGGACGACGAGGCCUCGACGGUGUUCUUGGCAGAGAUGCUGAGAGAGGCGCUGCUAGCAGAUGGCGAAUUCGCCAGGAAGCUGUGGAUCAACAGGCGGUUCCACUGGAGAUGCUGUGUCGAUGUUCUGCUGAUUUCGCCGCCCCUGUCGUACCCGCUUCCGCUGCUUUCUCUGACGUCGCACCUUGCGCUUCUCGCGACGCGGCUGCCGCGGCUCAGGUCGGAGGGCGACGAGGACCCCAUGUUCGACGACGACUGGGAGUCGUCGACGUACUUGUACCCGGUGGGGGGGGCUUCCGCCGGCUCUCGACCUCCGAUUACGCUGUUGGUGAUGGGGGUGGGCGACAACAUCAUUUUCGACCCGUCCAAGGAGGAGUUGGCGGUUGCUGAGACGGCGCUGGCCGUGUCGGUCGGAGAGGUGAGGAGGGAGACGAGUGCGGGAGGGAUGAACGUCGACUCGGGACGGGAAUUGAGGCUGCUGUCGAUGAGGAUGGUCGAUCCGCCUUCGAGAUUGACUCCGCCUGGCGUGCCUAACGCGGUCAAUGUCGCUACGAAUGGAGCACCAGCUGGCUCCACGGCGAAGCAACAGACCGGUGGUGACAGGGCUGUGCAAGGCGUGUGGAAAGCACCGUUGGGGGGGAGCAACUUCGGCGUCAUAAACACCAUGGUGGAAGCCGUACUCGAAAAGGGCGGUGUUGUAGAUGAAAUCUUGGAUGGGUUGGAAAGCGUGGAUUUAACGUGA